AUGGAGCAUUUAACCUGCUUUGUACCAGGGAUGCUCGUCCUUGGGUACACGCACGGUAUGCCGACUUCUCAUCUGGAGCUCGCCAAAGAACUCACAGAAACAUGUGUCCAGAUGUAUCUACGUUCUGCGUCGCACUUGUCCCCAGAGAUAACUCAAUUUGUCACUGAAACCGACCCUGAAGGCCUCCAAGCAACAAAUCCCGAGUUGUUCACGUUUCCUUCGCAUGACUACAACAUCCUGCGGCCCCAGACUGUGGAGAGUAGAAAUGAUCCUGUAUCGAGUUACAGGCGACAAAAUGUACCGCUAG